AUGAUGAUGAGUGGGAGCGCUCCCCAGCCCAUCCCACCCUUCACCUCCACCCUCUCGAAGGCCUCAAACCCUCCCCCAAUCCUCCACAAACCCUCCGAUCACCAACCCCCAAAGCUGCAAUCCACCACCCAAGAACCCGCAUGGAACCAGCGGAGAGUCGUGGGCACCGUCGACUACGACCGCGGCAAGCGCCGGGUCUCCGUCGAGGUACCUGGCCUUGGCCGUGACCAUAUCCCCGGAAGGUACCGCGUCCGCAUCGACGGCAGCCGCUGGCAGGUCGACUGGAAGGUCUCCGAGGUGGUUGAUAAGGUGCUUGAGCUCAAGCACUGGGAGGAUAUUGAAGGCUUGUUGAAUCGCUGGGUCGGGCGUUUCGCUCGCAAAAAUUUCCCACUCUUGAUCAAGGUUUGUUUGAGGUUAUCCUCGUUCUUUGCUUGUUCGCUUCUGCUUUCGUUUUUCUUCUCUUCUUUGUUGAAGAUUGCGGGACUGGCUAGAUCGAGGAAACCUGGCAAUGCUUUGAUAGUGUUGGACGAUUGA